AUGCCCCGCAAGAAACACGAUCGACGUGCCGCUGCGGCAGCCCGCAAGCCUUCCGCAAGUCUUCCGCCCGAAACCCGCAAAACACCCGCAAGGACCCGCACCGGAUCGGUCUGUGUGGGGCCGGCUUGCUUACACCUACCGCACCGCCGCGCCCGCAUAAUCUCACGGCUGACAAAUGUCAUCAUCCUACAGAUCCUACGACACCACCACCUCCAGCAGGAAUCCUUCGUUCGGUUCUCGCUUUGCGUGAUUGGUCCUCUCCGUCACUUCGAUAACGUCAACGUUGGCUGCUUUUCCAACGUCACACUCGAUGACGAAUUCCGGCGAGCAUACGACGACGGACACUCACUCAUCCAACACCGCAGACAGGGCGAGCUGAGACUGAGACACCCACUCGCACGCAGUGUUCCGCAUCAGCUUAUCGUGGCCCAAGACAGACUCCGGGCCUGCACGGAAUCCAAACGCCGUUGCGACAAGAGGCUCCCGAUGUGUACCCGCUGCGAUGACAGGGAUGUGGACUGCCAGUAUCCCGUCACAAAGAGGCGUCGCCCUCUCCACCACGAUAGGCCAUUCCUCGAUACUCCUACGCAGCAGCAGCAGCAACAUCAACCCAACGAUGCCGCCACGAUGGUCGAUGUCCUGGAAUUCGAUGCCGGGUCUCUCGCCGCCGGCAUUUGGGGGAGCAUGCCCUGGUUGAACCUGGACUUCACGUCCGCGACCACCCUCGGCCUUCAACCCGCGUCGUCGUCGUCGUCGUCGGGCCUCACCGGACCGCCGCCGUCACCCGCCAGACACUCGCCGCCGCAGGAAUCCUCCGAACCCUCCCGGCAGACGCACAACAAAUUCCCGCAGCACACCCAGCCGACCGCGGCCGAGACCUCCCUCGCCGAGAACAGGUGGUUCCUCGCCCCCUCGAGCUGGCGCAUCGAGCACUGGCCCACCCCGGCCCACGACGCCUACCCGGCCGCCGUCAUGACCAACUUCAACCGCGGCCUGCAGGCCUGGGUCCGCCGCUGGGCCACGCAGGGCCACAACCCCUUCAUCCACCGCGCCCUCUACGCCGAGGGCGGCCACUUCCCCGCCUGCAUCCAGGACGCCUUCACCACCGCCGUCGCCUGCCACCACAAGACGCCCCAGAACGAGGCCUUUGUCCACCGCGUCCUCGACGAGCGCGCCGCCGCCCUCGUCGCCGCCCAGCCCCCCGCCCCGCUCGAGACGCGCGACCACCUCGCCCGCGUCCACGCGCUGCACGUCUACACCGUCCUCCGCCUCUACGACGGCGACGUCAGCCAGCGCGCCGCCGCCGAGUCCCACCUCCCCAUCCUCGACCUCUGGAGCAGACAGCUCUGGGACUCCGCCAUCGCGGACGUGACCACCCUCUCGCGCGGCUGGAUGCCCGCUCACUCCAAUUUCUGCCCCAGCAACCCCGCCUCCUCGGCCUCGUUCUCACCCCCCGCCGCCGCCGACGACGACGCCGCAACGACCGAGACGGCCGGCCCGGACAGCACGUACGAGUCGAACCUCGUGGCCUGGAACCUCUGGGUGCUCUCCGAGUCCAUCCGGCGCACCUGGAUCGUCGUCGGCUGCACCAUCGGCGUCUACAAAGCCCUCAAGGGCCAGUGGGGCGUGUGCCCCGGCGGCUCCCUCUUCACCGCCCGCGCCGGGCUGUGGGACGCGCCCUCGGCCCCGCGGUGGGCGGCGCUCCGACGCGACCUCGCUGCCGGUGCCGGCGACGGACCCGGCGAUGGCGACUUCUUCGUGCAGUCGGGCGACGGGGAGAAGCUAUUCCGCAGCGCGGCGGCCGCCGAGGUGGACGAGUUCGCGAGGCACCUGUUCACGUGCAUUUGGGGGCUCGACCGGCUCGAGGACUGGGCUUUGAGGACGGCUUCCAAGGGCGAGGUCAACUUGAUGUAUUGA